AAAAAAGAAAAAGCAGUGGGCAGUGGGAAUUUGUAAUUCGGUGGUUGAUUUGUUUUUAUGUUUUUUUUCGAGUUUUCGAGGAUAUUUUUUUCGCGUUGCGUCGCGUCGUGUCCUGUCGCGGCCGACGUGUAACGGUGUUAGAAAAUCAUACCCACCACCACGGUCUCAGAAAGGAGGCUUUGGUGGGUUUUUGGGUGAGAAAACGAAGAAAAACCAAAAAAAGAGAAAUUCAGGAAUCAGAAAACGAAAAGCCAAAAAACAAAACCAAAAAAAAAAAAAAAAAAAUCGAAGAACCAGAGCCAAAAAUAAAUCAAAACCCAAAACAGUUCUCUUUUCUGGGAUUUUCAUUAUCUCAUUCUAUACAUUCAUUUUUCGCCAAUUCCAUUCCUAAAGCCAUAACCUUUCUUCUUCCCCAUCUCAAUUUCUCUGUAUUAUUCUGUACUUUUUUUUCUUUUUUUUUUUUUUUGGGUUUCUGGGUAGCUUUAUUUUGGUGCUAUAUUUUAGUUUCUUGCAAUUGGGUUUAUAUCCAUGGGCGAUCUUCAAGUUUGUCCCGCGCCGAACCCAAAUGGAGUCAUUUUCCGGGAAGAUCGUCUGUGCCCGUCGCCGUCGUCGCCUUCAUUGCCGGCGUCCAACCCGGAUUUCGAGUUUAUAAGCGCGGAGUCUUGGGCGAUAGCAGAGAAGAAGACCAAAGAGAUAGUUUAUAGAAUUCAGCCCACUCUGGUUGCGGACCAGAAGAGGAAGGACGUGAUUGAAUAUGUUGAGAGACUACUUCGACAUUGUAUUGGAUGUCAGGUCUUUCCUUACGGGUCAGUUCCACUUAAAACCUAUCUUCCCGAUGGAGAUAUAGAUUUGACUGCCUUUAGCAGUCCAAACAUUGAGGAUACGUUGGUUUCUAAUAUUUAUGCUGCUCUGAGGCGAGAAGAGCAUAAUGAAACUGCUCAGUACAAAGUAAAGGAUGUCCAUUGCAUUGAUGCUGAGGUUAAGCUUGUGAAAUGCAUUGUACAGAAUGUAGUAGUAGAUAUAUCAUUCAAUCAGUUAGGGGGACUUAGCACACUAUGUUUUCUUGAACAGGUUGAUCGCCUUAUUGGUAAAGAUCACCUUUUCAAACGCAGCAUUAUUCUGAUAAAAGCCUGGUGCUAUUAUGAGAGCCGUAUACUUGGUGCCCACCAUGGUUUGAUUUCAACCUAUGCUUUGGAAACAUUAGUCCUCUAUAUAUUCCACCGGUUCAACUCUUCUCUAAAUGACCCUUUGGCGGUUCUGUAUAGAUUCUUAGAUUACUUCAGCAACUUUGAUUGGGACAACUGUUGUAUUAGUUUAAAUGGACCAAUAUCCAAAUCAUCCCUGCCCAAUAUAGUGGCUGAUUUACCAAAAAACAAGCAUGAUGAUCUUUUGCUAAGCCAAGAAUUUCUCAGAAAUUGUUUGGACUUGUUUUCUGUUCCAUCAUGUGGGCUUGAGACAAACUUGCGAGUUUUUCCUCUGAAGCAUCUUAAUAUAAUUGAUCCUCUAAAAGAAAACAACAACCUGGGGCGCAGUGUUAGUAGAGGUAAUUUCUUUCGAAUACGUAGUGCUUUUAAGUAUGGAGCUCGCAAGCUUGGCUGGAUUCUUUCUUUACCUGGAGAAAGAAUAGCAGAUGAGCUCAAGAAGUUUUUUGCAAAUACUUUGGAUAUGCAUGGAAGCAAUUGUUGGGCUGAUGUGCAAAAUUCCUCCCUUGGUUCUGAUGUAGUUUCAGAAAAUGUAUCUUCAUCAUCAUGUUUAGAUACAGCUUCCAAGGAAAAGAACUUUGUAGACUCUACUACUGGUUUUAAGAUGCAAGGAUUUGUAGCUGCCUCUGGACUCAGACACAAACUAGGUAGAAACAUAUUGAAAGCAGUUUCCCAUCAUGUAGUGAAAGAAUUUGGCUGUAAUUUUGAUGGGGAUGUGAAAGAACAUGAAAAUUAUGGAAUUUUGGGUACUAGAAAUACAAAUGGCCCUACUGAUUUCCCUGUGAAUAGACACUUAAACACAUCAGUCUCGUUGUGUUCCAACCAUUCACGUUCUUUUUCCUCUGGCUCUUGUGGAGAAGAAGGGCAGAUGGAAACUUUGCAUUUUGGUGAGAAACUGGCUGCAGAUUCUGCUGUUGAUGGGAUGAAUGUCACUUCUACGUUGGAGCACAAGGGGAAUCAUACUGUAACCUGCAACCCGGCCUCACCGUGCAUUAAUUGUGAGGACAUAGAAUUUAUUGGUUCAGCAUGUGUAAGUGAUGUUGCUAGUGUUUCAGAAAAUAUGGAUCGUGUAGAGAUCACAGGCAUUACUGGACGCUCUAAAAUUGUGGAAUUCUUAUUGGACCUAAGUGGGGAUUAUGAUAGUCACUUUAGGAACCUUCAAUAUGGUCAGCUCUGUCAUGGGAAUGCCAUAUCACUGCCCUCAUUGCCCAGUCCUCCCUUGUCACCUCAACUACCAAACAAAAAUUCAUGGGAAGCAAUCCACAAAUUGCUACAGUUUCCACAGAAUAUCAGUUCUCGAAGUAAUGGACAUUGUAUUGCUCUGGGACCUCAGUUUUACCCUGCAAAUCAUUCCAGUCUUCUCAAUUUGGCUUUUGGGGAAGAAAAUAAAAGACCGCGAGGAACUGGAACAUACAUCCCCAAUGUGAGUACUCUUCCUUAUAGGGACAGGACAUUGCCUGGAGGGGGAAGGAAUCAGGCACCUGGAAGUCAUGCCCCAUUGCGGAAACACACUCGCAAUAACGGCUUUUCUACUGCCCCACAAAAGAUGACCUCAUCUGCAGAAUGCAGGCAUGAGCUCUCUCAAAAUGAAUACCCAGUUUUAGGCAAUGGGAAGUCUGGAUCAUCAGAUUGCCACCACUCUAAUCUUUCUGCCUGGGGUUCUUUCCACUCAAAUUCUAUCUCCCACUCAUCUGAGAAACUUGAGCAUGGAUCCUCAUGCCCUAAGACAUGGCCAUCACCCUUGCCAGAAGGAGUCUGUCAAUUUGAGUCUGACACGUCACAUGCUUGGGAGUCUGCUUCGAGCCCAGUGGCACUUGCAGUUCAAAGUUGUGAACCAUUAUUGGGUCACAAUCAUGAAAGGAGCUGUCUGAAGAUUAGUUUCCUGUUUGGUCUUCACAGGGUUGAAGAGCAAUCAUACCAUCUUAAAAAUGACGAUGACUUUCCUCCACUUUCCAUCUAAGCAGCUUCGAAGACCAAUCAAUACAGGAGAAGAAUGAGGACGCUGAUAAUAUUUGCAGACGCAAAGAGGCUAGGGUUUUGGUAAUAGUUGAGAUUCCCCAAAAAAGGAUGUUUGCUGUUGGUAUAUUUAGAAUGAUGUAGAAAAAUGCGUAAUGUACAUUUUUGUGAUUGUUGGUUUGCCCUCGUCUGAGAUCUUGUAUGCCAUGGGAUCGAUGCACGGCACUUAAAUUUUGAGUUUCCAAGUGUACACAUGAUAAAAUUUGUAUAUUAUGUUCCAAAGGAAGAUUUUGAGUAGUUCAA